CGCCGUGGCCGCAGCAUGGGGCCAUCUGCUGCUCUCCCGUUCCCUGCUCAGCGCACCGGCCCACGUUCGUUCCCCCCGCCGCUCUUUUCGACAGAACCGGUCUGCCCUAGUCUGAAACUGAACACGAGAUGAAGUUCACCUCCGUCGCUGCUGUCCUCGCCGCGUGCGUCCUGUCCGCCAGCGCCGUCGCGACCCCGACGAACGCCGAGCGCAUGAAGCGCGGCCUCCCGCCCGCCGCGCCCAAGCGGCGCUUCAGCGCGUCCCACGUCCAGCAAGCCAAGCGCACCGCGCCGAGCGCCACACCGCCGCCCAACGGCGGCGGCGACAUGAGCGGGAGCUGCAACACGGGCCCCGUGCAGUGCUGCAACCAGGUGCAGCAGGGCAAGAGCGUGACGAGCAUACUCGGGUUGCUGGGCGUCGUCCUGGACGACCUCGAGGCGCUCGUCGGUAUCGACUGCUCGCCGAUCGACGUCCUUGGGCUCGGCGGAAACUCUUGCUCGGCGCACCCCGUGUGCUGCGAGAAUAACAGCAACUCGCUCAUCUCGGUUGGGUGUAUCCCCAUCACGCUCUAAGCCCGCCCGCUACCCCGAAGCGAAUAACAUUUACUCGCCUCAGCCAAGCCCCGCUCUUCUUUCGUUUCUUCUCCUCUUUCCUUCGUUCCUCGUCGGACGCUCUCGCUAGUUUAGGAUAACGCUGUGUCGCGUGUUGAUUGCAUAGUACAUCUACGUAUUGCUACGUGCAUGCGGGAUAGUAGUAGUAUGGCCAUGCGGAUCCGCUGGACUUAAUGAUACCAAAAUUCACUCGCUGAUCAUGCAAGUC